AUGUCUCAACCUGUUGGUCUUUAUACUGUCCAGGUGCCGCCUGGCGGUAUCAUGGUGCCUGCAUUGCCUCAAGGCGCAGUUGCUAUGUUCCGUGUAAGCAUGGCUGCCAUCGACCCUGACGCUGAGCCCGAGUACGAAGAUGAUGCCGCUGCCGGCAAGCCUCCCCGUUCCACCCUCAAGAUCGUCCGUCUGCCCAGCGAUAUGGAUAUGGACGAUGAAGACGAUGAGGACUACGAAGAUGAGGACAGCGAGGAUGACUCUGAUGACGAGGAGAUUAACGGUGGUCCUAGCGACAAGGCCAAGGCCAAGCAACGCCAGGCUGCUGCUGCUCUCAUGGACCUUGAUGAUGAUGAGGAUGACGACGAAGACGACACUGAUCGCGCUGAUUUCAAGGCUGCUCUUUCACAGCUCAUCAAGGGCAAGGGCCCCGCCACUGGCGACGAUGAUGAGGAUGAUGACGACGACGAGGAGGGGCUUGAGCUCGAGGAGACUGUUGUUUGCACUCUAGACACUGAGAAGCAAUACCAACAACCACUCGACAUCACCAUUGCCGAUGAUGAGCGCGUCCUUUUCAAGGUUACUGGCACACACACCGUCUACUUGACCGGUAACUUCGUCAUGCCCGCCGAAGAACCACACUACCAUGACGAUGAGGAUGAUGAGGACGAUGAAGAUGACUAUGACUAUGAUCUUUCGCCUGACGAGGAUGAGUUAGAUGGCAUGGACUACCUUCUCAACGGGGGCGAUGAGAGCGACGACCUUGACGACUUGGAGAAUCCCCGCAUUGCUGAAAUUGACUCCGAGGAGGAGGAAGAAACUGCCCCUAAGUUGGUGACCAAGGGCAAGAACAAGCGUGCUGCCGAGGAGGAGGCCGCGCUCGACGACCUCAUUGCCAAGGAUGCUACAUCAAAAUCUGACAAGAAGCAGCAGAAGAAGUUGAAGAAGAACAACGGCGACGCUGCUCCUGUUGAGACCAAGAAGGAGGCAAAGGAGGCACCUGCUGCCAAGUCCGACAAGAAGGUUCAAUUCGCUAAGAACUUGGAGCAGGGACCUACUGGUUCUGCUACCCAGAAGCCUGCUGAGAAAUCAACUGGCACAUUGGGCGUGAAGGAGGUGCAGGGCGUCAAGAUUGACGACAAGAAGCUCGGAAAGGGACCUGCUGCUAAGAACGGAAACACCGUCGCUAUGCGAUACAUUGGAAAGCUUGAGGACGGAAAGGUCUUUGACUCCAACAAGAAAGGCAAGCCCUUCACAUUCAAGCUUGGCAAGGGCGAGGUUAUCAAGGGUUGGGACAUCGGUAUCGCUGGCAUGACUGCCGGUGGCGAGCGCCGUAUCACCAUCCCCUCCCACCUCGCAUACGGCAAGAAAGCUUUGCCCGGUAUCCCCGCCAACUCGAAGCUCAUCUUUGACGUCAAACUGCUCGAAAUCAAAUAG